AUUCAUUCAGUACUGAAAAUCAUUCCGGAUUGAUAAUACCUGUGAGCGUUGGUCACUAUUUUGGCAACACAUCAAUUUUUAUCAAAAUAUCGAAUCAUCAGAAUAAAGGGUCACCCGAAUCCCGAAAACGAAAAAAAAGAAAAUGUUUGUCAAUCGUAUUUCUUUCGUAAUUUCAAUGUUGACUGCAUUGACUCAAGCCGCGCCAAUUGAAAUUCUUGGCGAUGAACAAAUCGUUCCCGACACAAAUACGCCCAUACCAAUCCUUUCGCAAACGGAUGAAAUUUCACCUGAUGGCAGCUUUAGUUACAGCUUUGAGACGGCCAAUCAUAUAAAGCAACAAGCCAACGGUUAUCAUAAGACCGUAUUAGUACCGCGCUUACGUUCUGACGGCACUCAGACCGGUGAACUUGAGUCAGCCGAUAUAAUUGUACAGACGGGAUCAUAUUCCUAUUUGGCUCCUGAUGGUACCUUAAUUUCUGUACAAUUUGUUGCUGACGAGAAUGGUUUUCAAGCCUUUGGAGGACACUUACCAACGCCACCAUCGGCCGUACAACUACCAGAAUCCAUAAUGCAUGAACAGAGCAGUCAACAAUUAACAGAAGAACAACCGCCAACAACAAAUCAAUUGAUUGCGACUCAAGACAAUGCCAUCGCCGUACCAUCUGAAUCGACAAUCAUCCAGAACAAUGAAAGCCAACAGCGACAACAAAGAUCAUCAUUUUUUCCACCACUCUUUCAAUAAACACCGGCUCUCGUGAUGUGGUUUCUUUUUUCUGAUGACUGACCCAAGGACGAAACAUACUCUCCAUUCUUGAAGGCUUACGCUACUAUUCAAUUUUAAAUUUGACGAAUGUAAGCGCGAAAAUUGAAUAAAUUGAAUCGUUGAGAAAUUCCAUGAAAAAUAAACGAAAAACUAUUUUUUU